GCGGAGGCGAAGGAGGCGGAGUUCCCAUUCCCGGAUCUAUAGAAGCUGUGAAAAAGGCAAUGUACCUCUGCAACUCCCUGACUCACGUUCCAAAAUAACUUGGACAUCCUUUGAGAGUGAGAUGCCAUUUGCUGUGCUGCCACUGGCCCAAAAACGUUUGGGCUGACUUUUGAGCUGUACCAGUUUGAUUGGCUUAAGUUGGUCCGGAUUUCUAUGCACUGAUCUUUUAAGAAAAUUAAUGAACGAACUGCUGUUCCAGAUCAAGGCAUCUGGCCUGAAGUUGCAGUUCUGCACCAAUGAAACUCAAACUACCAGGGAUAAAUUUGUUGGAAAGCUGCAGCAUUUGGGCUUUGACAUUUUGGUGAAUGAAGUCACCGCUCCAGCACCAGCAGUCUGCCGAAUUCUGAAGCAGCGUAACCUGAGGCCGCACCUUCUUGUACACGAUGAUGUUGUCCCUGAAUUUGCUGAUAUUGAUAAAUCAAACCCAAACUGUGUGGUGAUUGGUGACGCAGCAGACAACUUUUCUUACAAAAACCUUAAUGAUGCCUUUCAAGUUCUCAUCAGUCUGGAGAAUCCCAUUCUACUAUCUCUGGGAAGAGGACGCUAUUAUAAAGAAACUGAUGGGCUGAAACUGGAUGUUGGAGCAUACAUGAAGGCAUUGGAGUAUGCCUGUGAUAUUGAGGCUGAGGUGGUGGGAAAGCCAGCCAAAAUGUUUUUCCAGUCAGCCUUGACAGAGCUCGGCAUUGAACCACACCAGGCCGUCAUGAUUGGGGAUGAUAUUGUAAAUGAUGUAGGAGGUGCCCAGCACUGUGGGAUACGAGCUCUACAAGUACGGACUGGAAAGUACAGACUUUGGGUUCCUUGUUCCUUUCUCAAGUUCUGCCCUUCUGCUCUGUAUUGUUCAUCUGAAAAUUCUGCAGCAGCUUUUCAUGGACAUCAUGCUGAGCCUUGUGAUGAGCAGCACCCAGAUGUGAAGGCAGACGGUUAUGUGAACAACCUCGCAGAAGCCGUGGACGUGAUUCUGAAACAAUUGCGGAAGUAAAAGUGCUCCUGGAAGUGACUGGACGUGAGGCCUUUGACAUCACAGUGCAGACUUCCAUUCAACUUCUUUAUGUAUCUGUGCCCAGUUUUCAAUCUAAUCCCAGCAGCACUACAUAUACACUUCAAAAGUUUAGUUUUUUUCUAACUUGCCAUUGCAAGAAGCUGUAGACGGAGAUGCCAACAUAGUCUGAUACAUAGUUAAGGCCACCACCCCCUACCCACAAAGAAUCUUUUGAAUCUUAACUGUUCUGGAUGAAUUUAACCAAUACCAAAUCACUGAAUAAACAUCUGUUCCACAUA